GCUCCAAAUAUCCUGUCAACAACAGACAGCAGCAAAGAUGUAGCGGUUUUUGUGCCUCUUUGCUGCUACCGUAUCUCGGGAGUUUUGCAGCUCCGAUGGCCUCUCUCUCUUCCACCAGGAGGCCCCACAUUAGAGAAGGAGGUACUGAACAACGCUCGCCACCAGUAAGCGUUGCUAAGCGACGCUCAAGAAGCAGCCUCCGCAAGAAGAGGCAGAGUUCACACUGAGGCGCGUGCGCCAUAGCAAAGUUCUACCGGCCGGGCGGAAAGAGAGGCGCAUGUGCAGUGAGACCGCGGAAGGUACCGAGGCCUCUUUCCAAAGCCAUGUCUCAGCACAGGCAUAGUAGCAGCAGCAGAGGAUCUGGCUCUUCAAAGGUACGGCGUAUGGACGUUGAUGAAGAAUUCACUUUCAGUCAGUCUCAAACGCUAAGUCAGGCGCAACGUAAUUUGGAGCAACACUCCCCCGCUGAAGUGGAACAAAAAGUAAAUGAACUAGUGCAAUUCCUUCUGAUCAAGGAUCAGAAGAAAAUCCCUAUUAAACGGACAGAUAUUCUGAAAUAUGUCGUCAAAGACUACAAAGAUCUCUUUCCUGAGAUCCUCAGACGAGCCAACCAGACUCUUCAACAGGUAUUUGGGCUGGGAGUGGUGGAAAUUGACCCAAAGUACCAUUCCUACAUCCUGAUCAGUAAAUUUCCUCCUUUGGAAGGGGAUAUUGUGACUGACGAUGAGAACGCUCCCAAGAUGGGCCUCCUUAUAAUAAUACUUAGUCUUAUCUUCAUGAAAGGCAACGUGGUCAAAGAAUCUGCUGUUUGGGAAAUGCUGAGGAGAUUACAUAUUGAUUGUUCUGGGGGAAAACACAAAGUCUUUGGUGAUAUCAAAAAGCUGGUGACAGAGGAAUUUGUGAGGCAAAAAUAUCUGGAAUAUACACGUCUCCCACACACAGAUCCUCCUGAGUUUGAGUUCAGGUGGGGACCGCGAGCUUUUAAAGAGACCUCCAAGAAGCAGAUCCUACAGUUUGUUGCUAAGAUACAAAAGCAGAAUCCCAAAUCUUGGAUGAUCCAGUACAAUGAAGCGGAAGCAGAAGCUGGUGCGGUGGGAAAGUUAUAAAUAUUACGGUGUUGUUCAGUUAUAAAGAAUUGUCAAAAACUCCUUUCAUGGAACUGCUACAACCACUGCUUGUUUUCUGUUACUGCUGUUUUAAUGUAAAGUGCUCUGUGCUUAAUAAGUUUCCUGUCUGUGAAGGAAAGAUUCCAGAAUAGACUGGACCAUUUUACUGGUGAUGAAGACAAGACUCUUAUCUAAAACUCUCUGAUUAUUCAAGCAUUAGCAAUAGUAUUUUCUGGAAAUAAGCUGUUAGAAUAUUUACUGGAAAUAAAUAUAUUUUUGCAAUCA